UCCAAUAUCCCCCCUUGAUUCCUUUCUCUAUCUCUUCUCUAUCUCUAUCUUUCUCUGCAACUCUCUUUCUCUCUCUUGCAUAUCGAUUUGAUUCCCCACAGUCAUCUCCUCAACCUAUCUACCUUUACAAAAGAGAAGAGAGCAAGAACCAUGGUUUUUUCUUCCAUCCCAGCUUAUCUUGAUCCAGCCAACUGGCAACAGCAACAAAACCAUGAUCCGUUUGGGACUAGUACCACUUCGAGUUCACAGCUUCUUCCACCUCCACAACCUUUGUCGCCACCCCCAAUACCUCAUGGGGGUGGCCCGGGAUCUAUCAGGCCCGGCUCGAUGGCAGAUCGUGCCCGCCAAGCCAACAUACCAUUGCCAGACACCGCAUUAAAAUGCCCAAGAUGCGAAUCCACAAACACUAAAUUUUGCUACUUCAACAAUUACAGCCUCACCCAGCCUCGCCACUUAUGCAAAACCUGCAGAAGGUACUGGACCAGAGGUGGUGCUCUAAGAAAUGUCCCAGUGGGAGGAGGCUGUAGGAGGAACAAAAGAAGCAAAGGGAGUAGUUCAAAGUCCCCAGCAAGUAGCACUGAUCGCCAAUCGGCUAGUGCUGGUUCCACCAGCUCAAUCCCCUCUAAUGGUGGACCUACCGCGGAUAUAAUAGGCAUCUCCCCGCAGAUACCGCAGCUGCACUACAUGACUCCCUUGCACCAACUCCCAGACUUUGCUGCCGGCGAGAUCCCCUUGAACUAUGGCUUGAAUUACGGUACGAUUUCUGCACCGAUGGGUUUAGCUGGAGACUUGAAUUUCCAGAUAGGAAGUGCUGGUACUGCUGGUGAUGGUGGGUCUUUGUUAUCGGCUGGGGCUUACGAGCAGUGGCGGCUGCAGCAAGCACAGCAGUUUCCCUUCCUGGGUGGCUUGGAUCCUUCACUGGGGUUGUUUGGAAGUAGUGUCGAAGCAUCCAGUUAUGUCGGCGGCGGAGUGAGUCAGGCCCCAGCUGCCAAGGCGUCUAGUUUGGGGGUUAGUACUCAUGAUCAGGUGGCGGAGGCUUCAGUGAAAAUGGAAGAAAGUCAGGAGCUGAAUUUGUCGAGGCAGUUCUUGGGAAUGCCAGGGAAUGAUCCGUUUUGGGGUGGCAGUGCUACCGCAUGGACAGAUCUUUCUGGUUUUAGCUCUUCUUCUACUACUCGGAACCCCCUAUAGAGUAGUACUUUCCCUACCAUUGUGGUUUAAGAAGCUCGCCAUGAUGAAGCUUUGUGAUUAAGUGUGGUUGCAUUCAAAGAAAAUUAACUUCAAAGAUAUCGUUUCAUCCAAAGUCCACAGCAUGCACCUUCUAUAUACAUAAGUUCCUUGUCAAUAAGGAAAUUGUGAUGGACCCAGAUCUAGGACUUGUAUGAAGACCAGCUGAAAACCCUAAAAAUGGUGAGCUUUUCUUUUUUUCCCUUUUUUUUUUUCGUUUGGUUUCUUCCACUUUAAUUUGCUUUGAUC